CUAUCUAUCAUCUACACAGCACAAGUCACAAAAAAAUUGUACUUUUUGUGUGUCACAGAGUAUUUGCUACUGCUGGUGCUGCUGAAAGUGUAAAUUACCGUAAAAUUAUUAAAAAGUGAUUUUUUCAAUUCAAAACUAAAACCAACGAUCAAAACUACCAGCCAUAAGUUGCCAAUUUUUUUCUUUUGCAUAGAAUAAACAAAAAAACGUAGUGUUAUUUCAAGAUGUCAACUCCAGCUCGGCGCCGUCUAAUGCGUGAUUUUAAAAGACUUCAAGAGGAUCCACCAACCGGUGUUUCAGGCGCACCAACAGAUAACAAUAUUAUGAUAUGGAAUGCAGUCAUAUUUGGUCCGCAUGACACACCAUUCGAAGAUGGCACAUUCAAAUUAACGAUAGAAUUUACGGAAGAGUAUCCAAAUAAACCGCCAACAGUACGCUUUGUAUCAAAAAUGUUCCAUCCAAAUGUUUAUGCCGAUGGUGGCAUCUGUUUGGACAUUUUGCAAAAUCGAUGGAGUCCAACGUACGAUGUGUCAGCGAUUUUAACCUCAAUACAGUCGCUGCUUAGUGAUCCGAAUCCAAAUUCGCCGGCCAAUUCGAUGGCUGCACAGCUGUAUAAGGAAAAUCGUCGUGAAUAUGAAAAACGAGUGAAAGCUUGUGUGGAACAAAGUUUUAUAGAUUAGCCCGAGUAUGUACACAUUCGCCGAAUCAGUAGAGGCAAACGCAGCAAUCUAUUGAAUCACAUUGAACUCUUUGAAUCAACAACAGAACAUAAAAAACAACAACAUUUAACAUGGAGAUCUUUAGUAAUAAUUACAAAUCAAUACAUAAUAAUUUUAAUUACACAAAUCAUAUUGAUACAAAUGAUUGAAAUUCAAAAUAAAAAAAAUGUUCGAGAAUCAAGAUAUUGUCCGAUCGAUAGAUGAAAAUACGAUAUUUAAUGUAUCAUUGCUAUUUGUUUAUGGCACAAAUAUGAUUUCAAAAUACUCUCAAUCGUUGUGUGAACUCCGUAAACUGUCAUCGAAAUUCAAAUCAACAUCGAUGACAAGUGUAGCCAUUUUUAUGUAUUUGAUGCGGGUUGAGAGUUAAUGUUCAAAUUUAAAAUCCCAAAAAUUUUUUUCCAGUGUAACCUUUGAGAAAAAGAAAAAAAAAUGUUUUUACCUAAUAUGUAUACCAGAAUAACCUUCGAUUGGAAAGUUUUUUUUUUUAGAAAGAAAGAAAGAAAGAAAAUGUGUUUUAUUUGUUGUGUUGCAUUUUUAUAAAAGAUGCACCGCUUAAUGCUUUCAAUUUUGUUUUCAUGAAUGUGUCAUCGGUGUGUAAGAAUCAUUUCAACCAAGUAGCAUUUGUUCUGAUCAAUUAACACAUACAAAAAUACCUUCACACACAUAUUUAUAUAUCCUUUAUACACGAUUGGCUUCUCAUAAAUAUGCCAUAAUGCUUCACAGAGGUUUUUUAGUACACAUAGACAAAAUAAAUUGAAACAUAAAUGAAAACAAAAAAAUCUAUACCAUUUUUGAAUUGGAAAUAAAUGUAAUGAUCGUUUAGGAUGCUAACGAGAUCGAACGAAUUCCUAUUUGUCUACAUAAAUUUAUGAAUACUAAUUUAUGAUUUUAUUUAAAAUAAAAAAAAGAGAACGUACAUUCUAUUGUACAUGGAACAACUACAAAAAAAGAACAAGAUAACGUGUUGAAGUGCAUGUAGACAUGAAUGAUUGAGGUGGUAAAUAAAUGAAUUAAACAAAUUUAAAAGCAAA